GCGGAGCUGGGAGCCGGCCGGCCGGCCAGGCCUGCGCAGUCGCGGCGGCGGGUGAAGAUGGUGGAGGACGGCGCGGAGGAGCUGGAGGACCUGGUGCACUUCUCCGUGUCCGAGUUGCCUAGUCGCGGCUACGGCGUCAUGGAGGAGAUCCGCCGGCAGGGCAAGCUGUGCGACGUAACGCUCAAGAUUGGGGACCACAAAUUCAGCGCUCACCGAAUCGUCCUAGCAGCCUCCAUCCCGUACUUCCACGCGAUGUUCACCAAUGACAUGAUGGAGUGCAAGCAGGACGAGAUUGUGAUGCAGGGAAUGGACCCCAGCGCCCUGGAGGCUCUCAUCAACUUUGCCUACAACGGCCACCUCGCUAUUGACCAGCAAAAUGUCCAGUCGUUGCUGAUGGGGGCGAGCUUCCUGCAGCUGCAGAGCAUCAAGGAUGCCUGCUGCACGUUCCUCCAAGAACGGCUUCACCCCAAAAAUUGCCUGGGUGUGCGCCAGUUUGCGGAGACGAUGAUGUGCGCUGUGCUGUACGACGCGGCCAACAGCUUCGUCCACCAGCACUUCGUGGAGGUGUCCGUGUCGGAGGAGUUCCUGGGCCUGCCCCUGGAGGACGUGCUGGAGCUGGUGUCUCGGGACGAGCUGAACGUCACGUCCGAGGAGCAGGUCUUUGAAGCCGCGUUGGCCUGGGUCAGAUACGACCGGGAGCAGCGGGGGCCCUGCCUGCCCGAGCUGCUGUCCAAUAUCCGGCUGCCCCUCUGCCGGCCCCAGUUCCUGUCGGACCGAGUGCAGCAGGAGGACCUGGUGCGAUGCUGCCACAAGUGCCGGGACCUGGUGGACGAAGCAAAGGACUAUCACCUCAUGCCAGAGCGCCGGCCCCACCUGCCAGCUUUCCGAACGCGGCCUCGCUGCUGCACGUCCAUCGCUGGGCUCAUCUACGCCGUGGGAGGCCUCAACUCAGCAGCAAAUUUUUAUGCAGGUGAUUCCCUGAACGUGGUGGAAGUGUUCGACCCCCUCGCCAAUCGCUGGGAGAAGUGCCAUCCCAUGACGACCGCCCGCAGCCGCGUCGGCGUGGCUGUGGUGAACGGGCUGCUCUAUGCCAUCGGGGGCUACGAUGGCCAGCUGCGGCUGAGCACCGUGGAGGUCUACAACCCAGAGACGGACACGUGGGCCCGGGCGGGGAGCAUGAACAGCAAGAGAAGGGCCCCGGCAGGCCUGUGCUUUCACUGCCCGGGGAGCAUCGCCAUGGGGACGGUCGUGCUGGACGGGCAGAUCUACGUCUGUGGGGGCUACGACGGCAACUCUUCCCUCAACUCUGUGGAGACCUACUCGCCCGAGACAGACAAGUGGACAGUGGUGACCCCGAUGAGCUCCAAUCGCAGUGCUGCCGGGGUCACGGUCUUCGAGGGCAGGAUAUAUGUGUCCGGCGGCCAUGACGGUCUGCAGAUCUUCAACAGCGUGGAGCACUACAACCACCACACGGCCACCUGGCACCCCGCGGCGGGCAUGCUCAACAAGCGCUGCCGGCACGGGGCCGCCUCCCUGGGGAGCAAGAUGUUCGUCUGUGGCGGCUACGACGGCUCCGGCUUCCUCAGCGGCGCCGAGGUGUACAGCGCCGCGGCCGACCAGUGGUGCCUCAUCGUCCCCAUGCUCACGCGCCGGAGCCGCGUCUCCCUGGUGGCCAGCUGUGGGCGCCUCUACGCUGUGGGGGGCUAUGACGGACAGUCGAACCUCAGCUCCGUGGAGAUGUACGACCCGGAGACGGACUGCUGGACGUUCGUGGCCCCCAUGGCGUGCCACGAGGGCGGGGUCGGGGUGGGCUGCAUUCCUCUCCUCGCCGUCUAAGGCGCAGGGUGGGACGUGGUGGGGUCGGGAGCAGGUACCAGCGUGGGCACUUCCUUCCAGGGCAUCCCGCCCGGAGAGGUGGGGACCAACAGGCAGGGCGCAGGUGAGCCGAGGUGCGGUUUCCGGGCGCUCGGUCCUCCCUCGGCGUGCUGCCCUGCGCCCUCUGAGUCCAGGGCCCCGAGAUGCACGGCCUGGGCAGGUGCCUCGACCUCACAGCUGGUGCCAGCGGCUGCUGUGGUCACACGCACAGGCCCGUCCAAGCCCAGCUCCCCGGCCUUGGCUCCGUGCCAGCCUGGCAGGAGGCCUCCAUCUGACAGGCAGCCGCAGGGGCCACGCCUUGGAAGUGGUUGUGGCUGGGAGAGGAGGACCCUCCGAGAGUUCUAGCUGCCUGUGGAGACGCGGCCUGCAGGGGGCUCGCUCCAGGCGCCUCCUUCUGUCCGUCCGGGCAGAGGCCUUGUCCUCGUCCUGGGUGAGCAGGGAGCACGGAAGCUCUCCUGUCUGCUGUUGGGUUCCAGUGGGUCUUUUCAUCUUAUUCAGGAGAAACAGAAGGAAAAAUAGAUACUUGAAAGAAACUGGAAAGAAAAAUACCUUUUUUUAAGUAAACAUUUUUUGCAAGAAGAAAACGUUAAAAAAGACACUAAAAGGAAAUCAUGUAUUUAAACAGAAAACCACCCAACAUAUAGAGGGUGGUGACCGCUCCCACAUUCGGAUCCGGGUCCUGAGCCUCGCACAGCACGCAGGGUUCCCUCUGGCCCCCUCGUGUCGAAUCCGCGCACUCGACUGGCCCUGUCGCAAGGUGCUCCAAGGUUGUCAUCACACCCAUCGUCGGAGGACUCUUCACCGCAGGCUUAGUGCGUCGGCUGAGCUCCCGCAGCUCCUGCAGGGGGAGCACCCGGCUGGUUGCUGGAGGCUCCCGGUGCCCCUGUGGUCACGCACGGCCGCCCUGGCUCACUCUCACCCCCCUCCCCGCCUUUCACUCCUUCCUUAUUCCACCAGCAGGAAGCAGUCGGUCUGGCCAGACUCUCGCUCGCCCGUCUGUUGUUCCUACUAGAGGCUCGCGGUGAAGCUGGUGGGGCUCCCUGACUGCCUCUGGAGCCAGCGAGGACUCGGUCCGGUGGCCUUGCCCGCCCUGCCCACCCACUGCUGCUGCGCCCACUGCCGCCCAGGGGCCUGGCCUCCCUGCGCCCUCGGCAGCCUGACCAGCAGGCGGGCCUCGACUCCGCGCAGAGCCGGCUCUCCGAAGUGAAGCAUCCAGGCCAGAGGACUCUUGCCCCUGCAAAGAACACACUUUCUAGUCCUUCCCCUCACCUGAGCAAAGGGCUCCGGAGGACACUCCGUGCUCCCUCCCCUCCUCCCUGACGGGACCUUCGCAGGAGGACCCCUGGGUCCCCGCACAGGGCAGUGGGCCGUCCUUCAGCUGCUGCUCCAGGGAGACCAGAGGGCAGUCACUCAGUGCGGGACGGGCCUCGGGCCCGUCUCCCCGGCGGCCUCGGGUCCGCCGGUGCCUGCCCGGGAGGCCCAGGAGCCUGGCGGGGAGCAGUGUGGGGCCGGAGUCGUCUUCCGCCUGAGGCCGCGAGGUUUGCCGGGAGAGCGGUCGCCAGGUGUCCGGAGGGAAUACCCUUGUACCUGCCACUUGGGCACUGGGUCUCUGUGACAAGCACUUGAAAAGGAUUUUUUUUAACGACGACAAUCCAUACAGCUGAGCUGAGCCUAGGGCAGCUCUGAUACCCCGCCCUCUCGUUUGCCCUCGGGGUGGCCUCGGGAGGUGGUCUGCUUUCCUGGUGUAGAGGGAUGUGCAGGGCUCGUCCGAUUCUCAUCAGCCCCUUCUUCUGUGGACUUGAAGUAGCCCUGACAAGCCUGGAUGGUGACGGCGCUAAGAACCGGACAGUGGACCAAGGAGGGGGCCUGGCCGGUCCUUAGGAUGCUGGCCCAGAGGCUGCCACUGGGAGUGGAUCAUUUCCCGCGACCUGCUGCCCUAGUAGUGGCCUUCCCGCGUCCCUCCCACCUCCCAGGCGACGUUGCACGGCCGCCUGAGAGCGCUUCCAGGAGAGGGAGCCAGGGCCUGGACCGGCUCAGCACACGUGCACACACCCAGGUUUACACGCUCAGUCAGCCCCUCCGUCUGGGGGGUGUUUGCAAACAGCUGGUCUGCCCUUUGGUGCCGGCGCCUUUUCAGUUCGGGGAGAAGAGCCGUCACCCCAGAGGCUGUGGGAGGUGCUUUCCAGGAGGCUGCACAGCUACUGUGCCAGGGCCUGGGGUCUAGCCCAGCCCGGAGCAGCAGACUGCGACCUGUGUCCUGGGGCAUUUCCCCUUCAAAGCCUGAGUUCAUCUGCGAUCAAAGCCACGAGGGGAGCUGAAGACCAGCCCUUGGCUCGGCCACAAGAUGGGAGUAGGGAGAGCUGCUCCUCCGGCCCCCCAUGCUGCUUCCCAGAAAACCCGUCCUUGUUCAUGGAGCGACGUCCUCUGUGUGAGAAACCAGAGAAAUAAAGAGCACACUUCUCUCGUCUCGCCCUGCCCUGAUUUCUUUCUUAAAUUCUAUUAGAAGUAAAUCAUAUUUUUAUUGUGAUUCGUUGAAAAAACAGAACAAAGUAAAAAUAUGCCUGUGAAAAUAAGGAAAAAGCCAGAUAUAGCAAAAGCAGUCUUUGGAAAGACGUGUAUUUAUACGAAUGGGUUCUGGUGAAAACGGUGCAGGAGACGUGCGCAGUGUGUAGCAUGCGUGCUCCGGUCCCGAUCACCGCUCUCUGGGGUGGCCCUCCACGCGCUGCCACCGGACUCCGGGCAAAACCUCCCGCUCCCUGUUCCUACUCUAGGCCAGAGGUGCGUAGCUUUGGUGCACGUAAGUCACUGGAACAUUCUUUCGUUUAUUUUUUUAUUGAAUUUAUUGAGGUGAAAUUGGCUAAUAAAGCUGGGUUUCAGGGUACA